GUGUUUCCUUUGCGACCUGUGGCAUCAAUGUGAGACUAUUCAAGUUUAUAAUUAAUAACUGUCAUCACUAACUAGAGAUGAGUGGCGGCAGUGGUGGUGGGAUGGAGACCCAGUGGAAGAUCGAGAUGGUGUUGCGGUUUGCGGGGUUGGCGAGCAUGAUGGCCACCGGGUGGUUCGUGGCACGCAAGAUGCUCCCCCUUCUCGAAGCAGACAAGGACUCCGAAGACAGCAAAAGUAAGUCUGCCAAGGGAGCCCAGAUUAUGAAACGACUGGGCCUCAGUUCCUCGGUCACCCUCACCGACUACGAGCUCAUCAUAGCUGCCCAGGUUGUCCAAGCAGAAGAGGCCAAAAAGACGAGCACCUGGGAUGACAUCGGAGGCAUGGACGACCUACUCCGAGCUGUAGAGAGGAAGUUGAUCAAGCCACUUCUCUUCUCAGACAUGUUCGCAAAUAGCCGACUGGCCAGUGCACCGAAGGGAGCUCUGUUCUAUGGUCCACCAGGAUGUGGAAAGACAAUGAUAGCACGUGGUAUCGCCAGUCAAUCAGGGUUCCACUUCAUCAACGUGCAGACGUCCUUCCUGAUGAACAAGUGGUACGGGGAGUCCCAGAAGUACACUGCUGCCAUAUUCAGUCUGGCUAGGAAGCUGCAGCCAGCAGUCGUGUUCAUAGAUGAAGUCGACAGUUUCUUGAGAAACAGAGACUCAUCAGAUCAUGAGGCUACUGCAAUGAUUAAGGCGGAGGUCAUGGCAUUGUGGGAUGGAAUCACGACUGAGACCAACACUCAGAUCAUCAUCAUAGGCGCCACCAACCGACCCAAUGACAUAGACCCCGCUGUGCGGAGACGCAUGCCCCUCAAGUUCUACGUGCCCUUGCCAAGUCAGUCUCAGAGGAGUCAGAUAUUCAAGAAGGUCCUCAAAGGGGAAGCAGUUUCUGCACAUGUAGACUAUGAUGCAUUGGGCGAAAAGUCAGAAGGGUUAUCUGGUAGUGAAAUAACAGAAGUUUGCAGACAGGCGGUCAUUAAGCAGAUGAACAUUGCGAUCGAAAACGACAAAACCGACAUGGAUUCUGUCACGUUUGAAGAUUUGGCCAAUGAAAUAGGGCAUUUCAAAGCGCCUAGUUUGACACAUGUAGACUUGGACUGAUAUUUGAAUUUCUUUUUCAAGUUUGUUCUUGAAUUAAAUUUAAUUAAAAAUU